AUGGCAUCUACGACGUCCCAGGCCAUGCUCAGCCAGCAGCAGGGCUUGUUUGAGAAUGAAGAGGGUUCUAAUGCACAGAUGGGUUUCUUUUCAAUCCCACCAAACUUGAACUUUUCUUCAUUGGGAUCUCUCAAAGCCUUCGGUUCUUCUAGCAUACCUUCAAGCACCAAUCUCUCUGAAACCCUACUCCCAUCACUCACUCCUCUAAAGCAUAGAGAAGAUCCUAACAUCACUACUAGUUCUGAUUUUGGAGGAUCCCAACUCCUUUCCUUGCAAAGAUCCACUGCAAAUCUCUGGGCAUGGGGAGAGGUGAGCGAUGAUCAUGAGUGCCUAAGCAGCAAGAGAUCAAACGGUGGAGAUGAUCGCCAUCACCAUAUGGGAGUUUCAGCAAUGAAGAUGAAGAAGAUGAAGGCAAUUAGGAGGAAGGUGAGGGAGCCUAGGUUUUGCUUCAAAACCAUGAGUGAGGUUGAUGUGCUUGAUGAUGGAUACAAGUGGAGGAAGUACGGACAGAAAGUGGUAAAGAACACACAGCAUCCCAGGCUUGGCGCUGGAGAUUUGACGGGUAGAUGGGUCUGA